AUGAGUUACCCUAUUCAUCCUAGAGCUGAGAUGGCUAUGACUAAUAAACCAUCGUCGUUUGAAUCUAAGCAAGCUUGGACUCAAGGUGCUCCACCACCUCGUCCUUUUGGUAGGAUGUCAACUACGCAAGUUCCCCUUCCUGUAGCCGGUAGUAAGAAGCUUGUCGGUCUUGAUCCAAGCUCAGAAGAUAUCGAUUCCGUUAUCAUCCACGAUCUUCAUUGGUGGACAUCCGACCUGCACCUUGUGCUUCUCUGUAAGCAACUUGGAAUUCAAAUAAAACACACCGAUGUUCAUUUCCUCGAACACAAGGUCAACGGCAAAAGUAAAGGACAAGCUACCGUGAUCUGUCAUACCAAAGAGAAUGCAAUCAAGCUCAAUGAGCACUUUCAAGCCAAUAUGUUUCAAGGAAAGAAGGUCCCUUCCGCGUUGGCUACUUGGGCUUAUGGAAAUCCACUUCAUCCCGGCAAUCAAGAAUUCCCCUCGGUCAGACCUUUGAGUACUGCGAUCCACAGCACAGUCCGACAACCUACCAACGCUCACGGUGGAGUCAAUUUCAACCGAGUUCGACCUACUUCUCGAACCGCAAUUCAAGGCAGCCUCGGCAACGGUCAACCGAAUUCUCGUACUUCCAGUACGGACAAUUUUAGCCCUAUUCCCUUACAGCCUCAGAUGGAUGGUGGGCUGAUCCCCGUCGACCCAGCUAUCGCUUGGUCAUCUCACCAAGGAGAAUACAACCCAUAUAAUUUCGUGCCCAUGGAAUACCCUUACCACUACGGUGGACUUGGGUAUAUGAUGGGACCUGUGCCUCCUCACGUCCAGUAG